AUGGCAGUCGCCGACAACAACAUCCAGCCAGAUAUUCAUUUAACUUCGGUCGAUGCGAACGAAGUCUCCUUCUCGCCCCUGUCUAUCCGCUUGGACGACAUACACACCGCGUCGCUGUGGUUCGAUGCGAACCAUCAGUGGACAGGUUACUAUCGUCCCCACCGCCUUUUGGCGGCUUGGGUAUCCGCUAUUCCCCCGCGCCUUCAGGCGGACUGGGUACAUUAUUUCCCCCACCGCUUCGCGGCUUGGGUACUACACUUUCCCCAUCGCUCUUACGCGGCAUGGGUACGAUCCAACCUCCGCUGCCUCGCGGCCCGGGUGCAAAGCUUACUCCUCCGCUCUCAGGCGGCUUUGUCGCUACCAUCGUCUCAAUCCGAGCCUGAUCUAAGAGAUAUUAUCGAGUUGUUACGAGUUGCAUAUGCUCGCGCCAUGCCCCGCUUAUGGAAGACGUGUGUGUAUGGUUUCUUCGAGCAGGACGUGAUAUUAACAGGCAUCAUGCAGCUACGAACCAAUGCGAGGGGUAUCCGUCCUAUUCGCACAACGGACAUCAGUUACUCCCAUCGCACUAAACCAGUGAGCGCACGUAAACUACAUUGGCUUGUACGCUUCAUGAUGGGCGGUGGUGGUACAAGCAACCGGAUAGACUGGGGCACGCUGCAAAAAUACGUCAAAGACGGGAGGAACAAGGAUUUUGGGAAGGACGUCAAGUUCUCCAUAGUCGGUUACGGGGACGAGGAUACAAUGAAGCAGCUGGCAAAGACGGACGAUUUCUUGGUCGCUGACAUGCCCUUCGUAAAUAGUUUGUGGCAUAUGAGUAAAGCACAGCUAGAAGACGCGGUUAAGUUGCAUCACAUCGAUGAGGCAGAACUACGAAUGCAGCGUAACUUGGGCGAGAAAAGGUUGCUUCUGAGUCAACACGAGUGCGACAAUCAGUGCUCAUCGAAGAGAAACGUCGUUCUACUCAAGAGGGUGUUGAGUGCAGCGGAGCGAAAGAAAGAAGAGCGUAGGAGGAAGAAAGCUGCGACCAAUCCUCCAUGCGUGAAAGCGACCGACGCGCCAUCGUCUUUCCCACCGGAACCAGUGACAGAUGACUUAAAGGAGGAAAUUGUCCGCGGCUUUUGUGAAGAUACCGGCAAGGAGAAACUAGAGGAAACCGGCUGCGCAUGCUGUGGCAUCCUCUGUAAUAAGGCAUUGUCAAUGCCUGCCAAUGACAGAAAGCUAGAUAUGAGCUUGUUGAUUGAACCACACGCGACGAGGAAAGAGCGCUCAUCUGAGAGCGAGCCUACAGGACAGCUACUGACCGGGCCCAUGGAAGUGGUAAAGGAACGCAUUCCUAUUAAGCCACAACAAAAGAGCGAGGAAGGCGACAUCCAUCAUCUACACAGACCCGAAGACAAUGAAAAUACGGGUAGUCAGGACGCACCGACCGAACCCGCAGAGGAUCCCACGCAGACGAUGCCAGUGCCACCACCCGCGCCCUGUCAUUGCGUAGAAGGCCGAUGUUCCUGUAAGAUCAAUCAACGAAAGUGGUGGAAUUCAUUCAAGCAGACCGUUGACAACUUGAUACUUCGCGUUCAGAUACACAAGUGUAUUCGCAAGCGGGCCGCGCGUAAAGCUGAGUCGGACAGCACAGGGAAAAGAGACCCAUUGGAAGGUAUCAAAGGAUGCAAAGGCGAUGACGACGUGUGCGAUGCCAGGUUUCCGAGGGAAUACAUCGAGCAAUCCUUUGUCGACCGCAUGACCGGUGCUAUUCACUUGAUGAAGCGCGAAGUCAUGAUGAAUUGCGUCACUCCUGUCCUUACCUAUCUUAUGAGAAGCAACACCGAUACGACGAGCUUGCAAUCAGGAACAUCGAUGAAGGCUAUUGUCAUGUACGUAUCAGAUUAUAUCACGAAAACCUCGCUGAAGACUUACCACAUCAUGUCCUGUAUAAAAUCGGUAUUCGAGCGUAACGCCCCUUCGUUCGAAGGAUCGGUGGACGAUAACAAAAGCGCAAGGAGGCUUAUGGUGCAAAUGGUGAAUGCCUUGGCGCCGCGCAUGGAAAUUGGCAGUCCUCUGGCAGCCACGUACUUACUUGAUCUUUCCGACCACUAUAAGAGCCAUGAAUUCUCCCUCAUCUGGUGGAAGAGCUACGUCAACAGAGUGCUUGAUGACUGUCCUGAUACGGCGCGUCCAAGAGCUUUUGAAGAGCGCGUCGUCGUGAGGAACGAGGACGGAGAACUUGUCGGAACUUCCAUCAUCGACGAUUAUAUAUAUCGACCGACUCGUUAUGAGAAUUAUAGCCUCUUCGAAUGGGUGCAGUGCUCAAAAAAGUCCAAAAGGACGCCGACGCAACAAAAGAAAUUUAUGGGGGAAGACGACGACGCACCUGAUGAGGAAGAGGAGCUACCGACGCUAGAUGAGUCCGAUACGCCACGUCAGCCGGACAUCCUACCCCCUCUCCCGCGUAUUCCCAGAGUCGUUCCCUUGAUGGAUGGAAGUCAGACGUCGCCUAUGCGCAUAAAUCGCAGGCCUAUAUACGAAGCAUUCUUACCUGAACAUCCGCAACACACCUCGCACCACGUCUGGUGCGACGCUAGCAAAAGGGAGUACAUCAUACCAAACUUUGUCGGGGGUUCCCUGCCAAGAAGCGAUCAAGGUGACCGUGAAUACUAUUGCGCUACAAUGCUCACCUUGUUUGUCCCAUGGAGAAAAGGUACAGAUCUUAAGCGCCCGGAGUACAACUGGGACAAUACCUUCAAAGACCACGUCUUCAGCGAACGAGAGCAACAACUCAUGGCUAACUUCAGCUUGAGGUACGAGUGCGCGGAUGCGCGAGACGACUACAGGAACGAGUUGAGGAAAAAGAAGAAAGCGGCCACUGUCAACUUCGACACCGCCGGUGAUGGGGAUGACAAUAGUGAAUGUGGAUGGUACGGCGAAGACCUUGACCUGGAUGUACCGGAUGACGGAGAGACCGGUCCCAAGUGGAAUAGAAGACAAGAAACUGUUGACAUGGCGCGCACAUACGCUACCGUAUCCAGAUGGGUCAAUUAUGUGCCUGGGGAAAAAUCAAUUGCUGUUCCAAGGUCGGACCAAGAACUUGCCUCGGGCACGUACGACCACAUUGGACGACCAGUCUACUGGUACGCAAGGGACGUCCGAGACUGGCGUUAA